CCUGUGUUUCUACCCGGAAUUAUUAUCAUGUGCAAAACAGGAAGCUGACAAGUUUCCAUCCGGGACAGGAACCAGCGGCGCACCGGUGUCACAUUGACAUCGCAAUAGAUAGCUAGUUAGGAAUCCAGGAAUGACAUUGCAAGGAUUACAGUAGAGCAAAUAUGUUUAGAAGAAUCUCUCCAUUAUAUGUUUUAUGCAGGUUGUCAAAUAAGGGCAUUGGCACAGGUGUGGUGCCCUCUGCAGGACAGUCUGCAUGCAGUGCAGUGAGGCUAGUCUCCUCUCCUGGCUCGGCCAUCACGUGUGGCAGGCUAAGACGUUAUGGCACUGGGCCCACAGGCAACAUGCUGCCCCCCCAGCGCUGGACAUCCCUUGAGCCAGAGCUGGAGGAGGCCCUCGUUCCCCGAAUGCUGUCUUUGUCCCCUCUGGAGAGCUGGCUCUCCCUUCGCUACUCCCUCCCACCCCUACUGGAGGCCAACCCCUUGCCUUCGGGGGAAGAAGAGAUCCUGCAAACGGUGCUGCCCUCGGACUUGAACCCAGUACUGCCUGAAGACGGGGGUUCAGGUGGUCUGAACUGCAAGAACGUGCUGGAGAUUCGGCGCAGGAAGAUAAACAGGCACAAGUACAAGAAGCUGCUGAAGCGCACAAGGUUUCGCAUUCGGAAAGUGCGGCUGGGAAGGCGGCGGAGGAAACAGAAGCGCUUUGAGAGGGACCUGAGGAGAAUCUUGAAGGGGGCCGGCCUAAGAAGACCCCCCAAGGGGUGGAACACGCCCAAGAUCUUCCUCAAACAAUAUGGGACGGACCGACACCAGCGUGGCGGCAAAGCUUAGCUUCUGUGCCUGAUGUUCACAGAGUUCCUUAAUAAGCAGUCUUCAUACUAGCACACAGUUACUCCGUCUGCAUCUGGAUAGUGAUCGUGAAUGAAAUAUUGUUCAAGGAGACACUAGGAGAUUCUACAUUCAGGCUGUUAUGGGUGUUCAUUCACUUAUUUGUUCAUCAUUUCAAAAUCCAAUCUUUCAUUAAAUGGCUUGUCUGUA